GUCGGGACGCCCUGCGAGGGAGCCCUUCCCCCGCGGCCGCCGCGGCCCCUGGCAGCGCUCCCGGUGGGAGAGGCCGGUGCCCCGCUCUCAUUUCCCCCUCCACCCUCCUCCUCCUCUCACGGCUCGAUCGCGCCCAUGUAUGAAGGGAAGAAGACGAAGAACAUGUUUCUGACCCGGGCCCUGGAGAAGAUCCUGGCCGACAAGGAGGUGAAGAAGGCGCAUCACUCCCAGCUGCGCAAAGCCUGCGAGGUGGCACUAGAGGAAAUAAAGGCUGAAACAGAAAAGCAAAGUCCCCCUCAUGGAGAAGCAAAGUCUGGUUCAAGCACUCUUCCACCUGUGAAAUCAAAGACAAGCUUCAUUGAAGCGGACAAAUACUUCCUACCAUUUGAAUUGGCAUGCCAGUCCAAGUGCCCCAGGAUUGUCAGUACAUCUCUAGAUUGUUUACAGAAACUUAUAGCAUAUGGGCACUUGACAGGGAAUGCUCCAGACAGUACAGCUCCAGGAAAAAAACUAAUUGAUAGAAUUAUCGAGACAAUAUGUGGCUGUUUUCAAGGCCCUCAAACAGACGAAGGGGUUCAGCUACAAAUAAUAAAGGCUUUGCUCACUGCAGUAACAUCUCAACACAUAGAAAUCCACGAAGGAACAGUACUACAGGCUGUAAGAACAUGUUACAAUAUCUACCUAGCAAGCAAAAAUCUUAUCAAUCAAACUACAGCCAAGGCCACUCUAACACAAAUGCUCAAUGUCAUUUUUGCACGUAUGGAAAAUCAAGCACUUCAGGAAGCCAAACAGAUGGAAAAGGAAAGACACAGACAGCAACACCAUCUCCAGCAGUCUCCAGUAAGCCAUCAUGAGCCUGAGUCACCUCAGUUGAGACAUAUUCCAGCACAGGCUGAUCAGCUGUCCAAAGACCAUGAGAGAGAGCUUGACCACAGCACAAACGAUGUGGACAAGAACCUUCAAGAAGAUAUUGAGGCAGAAAAUGGAUCUGACAUUUCUAGUGCAGAAAAUGAACAGACUGAAGCUGACCAAGCCACAGCAGCAGAAAAUCUUUCUAAAGCUGAUGGAGGAGCUUACGAUGGUGAAAGCAAUGAGUGUGAAGAGAAGGCACAAGAAAUUGUAGAAAGUAUUGUGCAGGAAAUGGUGAACAUAGUAGUUGGAGAUGUGGAAGGGACUGCAGGUGGUGAUGGCACAACCGUGUCAUUAGAGGAUGGCAGUGACAGUGAAAACAUUCAGGCAAAUGGAAUUCCAGGGACUCCAAUUUCUGUUGCUUACACACCAUCUUUACCCGAUGACAGAUUAUCUGUCUCUUCCAAUGAUACUCAGGAAUCUGGAAAUUCUUCAGGACCUACCCCUGGUGCUAAGUUUUCCCACAUUUUACAAAAGGAUGCCUUCCUUGUAUUCAGGUCACUGUGUAAACUCUCCAUGAAGCCCCUAUCAGAUGGACCACCAGAUCCAAAAUCUCAUGAACUGCGAUCAAAGAUUCUUUCAUUGCAGUUGCUUCUGUCCAUUCUGCAAAAUGCAGGACCAGUCUUCAGGACAAAUGAGAUGUUCAUUAAUGCUAUAAAGCAGUACCUCUGUGUUGCACUGUCAAAAAAUGGAGUCUCAUCAGUUCCAGAAGUUUUUGAGCUUUCACUUUCCAUAUUUCUUACCCUCCUGUCAAACUUUAAGACUCAUCUAAAGAUGCAGAUUGAGGUUUUCUUCAAAGAAAUUUUCCUAUAUAUCUUAGAAACCUCUACUAGCUCAUUUGAUCAUAAGUGGAUGGUUAUACAAACACUGACAAGGAUAUGUGCAGAUGCUCAGAGUGUGGUGGACAUCUACGUGAACUAUGAUUGUGACUUAAAUGCAGCAAAUAUAUUUGAAAGGCUGGUUAAUGACUUAUCAAAGAUUGCUCAAGGAAGGGGUAGCCAAGAACUUGGCAUGUCAAAUGUUCAGGAAUUAAGUUUGAGGAAAAAAGGAUUGGAAUGCUUAGUAUCAAUCUUGAAAUGCAUGGUGGAGUGGAGUAAGGAUCAAUAUGUAAAUCCCAAUUCCCAGACAACCCUUGGCCAAGAAAAACCCACAGAACAGGACAGCAGUGAAACCAAACACCCUGAGACAAUUAACAGAUAUGGAAGCUUAAAUUCUUUGGAUUCUACUGCUUCAUCAGGAAUUGGCAGUUACAGCACACAGAUGUCUGGCACUGACAACCCAGAGCAGUUUGAAGUCCUAAAGCAGCAAAAGGAAAUAAUAGAACAAGGAAUUGACUUAUUCAACAAGAAACCAAAGAGGGGGAUACAGUACCUGCAAGAGCAAGGAAUGCUUGGCACUACACCUGAAGAUAUUGCUCAAUUCUUGCAUCAAGAGGAAAGAUUAGAUUCAACUCAGGUUGGGGAGUUCCUGGGAGACAAUGAUAAAUUUAACAAAGAAGUCAUGUAUGCAUAUGUAGACCAACACGACUUUUCGGGAAAGGAUUUCGUUUCAGCUCUGCGCAUGUUUCUAGAAGGAUUUCGUCUACCCGGAGAAGCUCAAAAAAUUGAUCGCUUAAUGGAGAAAUUUGCUGCUAGAUAUUUAGAAUGUAACCAAGGGCAAACUCUUUUUGCUAGUGCAGAUACUGCCUAUGUUUUAGCUUACUCAAUUAUCAUGUUGACAACAGAUCUUCACAGUCCACAGGUUAAGAAUAAAAUGACAAAAGAACAGUAUAUUAAAAUGAAUAGAGGUAUCAAUGACAGUAAAGAUCUCCCUGAAGAAUAUUUGUCUGCUAUUUAUAAUGAAAUAGCUGGAAAGAAGAUUUCAAUGAAAGAAACAAAAGAAUUAACAAUACCCACAAAAUCCAGUAAACAAAGUGUUGCUAGCGAGAAGCAGAGACGACUCCUGUAUAACUUGGAAAUGGAACAGAUGGCUAAAACAGCUAAAGCUCUUAUGGAGGCAGUGAGCCAUGUUCAGGCCCCUUUUACCAGUGCAACACACCUGGAGCAUGUGAGACCCAUGUUUAAGUUGGCAUGGACACCUUUCCUGGCUGCAUUCAGUGUGGGUCUGCAGGACUGUGAUGAUACCGAAGUUGCCUCUCUUUGUUUGGAGGGUAUACGAUGUGCGAUCCGCAUUGCUUGCAUUUUCAACAUUCAGGUAAAAAAUCUUGAAAGAGAUGCCUAUGUUCAAGCGUUGGCAAGAUUUACGUUGCUUACAGUGAGUUCUGGUAUUACUGAAAUGAAGCAGAAGAACAUUGACACCAUUAAAACUCUCAUCACAGUGGCUCAUACAGAUGGAAACUAUUUAGGAAAUUCCUGGCAUGAGAUUCUGAAAUGCAUCAGUCAGCUUGAACUGGCACAGUUAAUAGGAACUGGAGUAAAACCUCGCUACAUCUCAGGGACAGUGCGUGGCAGGGAAGGUUCUUUUACUGGAACAAAAGAUCAGGCACCUGAUGAAUUUGUGGGGCUGGGACUGGUUGGUGGAAACGUGGAUUGGAAGCAGAUAGCAAGUAUUCAGGAAUCCAUUGGAGAAACUAGCUCCCAAAGUGUUGUUGUUGCCGUAGACAGAAUAUUUACGGGAUCUACAAGGUUGGAUGGAAAUGCUAUUGUGGAUUUCGUUCGCUGGCUUUGUGCUGUGUCUAUGGAUGAGCUGCUGUCUGCUACCCACCCUCGAAUGUUUAGUCUGCAGAAGAUAGUAGAGAUUUCUUAUUACAACAUGGGCCGGAUAAGGUUACAGUGGUCUAGGAUCUGGGAAGUUAUUGGCGAUCAUUUUAACAAGGUUGGCUGCAAUCCCAAUGAAGAUGUAGCUAUUUUUGCAGUAGACUCAUUAAGGCAAUUGUCAAUGAAGUUCUUGGAGAAAGGAGAACUUGCUAAUUUCCGAUUCCAGAAGGACUUCCUAAGACCAUUUGAACAUAUCAUGAAGAGAAACAGGUCUCCUACUAUUCGAGACAUGGUUGUACGGUGUAUUGCACAGAUGGUGAAUUCCCAGGCUGCUAACAUUCGUUCUGGUUGGAAAAACAUUUUUUCAGUGUUUCAUCUGGCAGCCUCAGAUCAGGAUGAAAGUAUAGUAGAACUGGCAUUCCAGACUACAGGACACAUUGUCACAAUCGUGUUUGAGAAACACUUCCCAGCAACCAUAGAUUCUUUCCAGGAUGCAGUGAAGUGCUUGUCUGAAUUUGCCUGCAAUGCAGCAUUUCCAGAUACCAGUAUGGAAGCGAUCCGCCUCAUUCGCCACUGUGCAAAAUAUGUGUCUGACAGGCCUCAGGCAUUCAAGGAAUACACAAGUGAUGAUAUGAAUGUAGCUCCUGAAGACAGAGUGUGGGUGCGAGGAUGGUUCCCAAUUCUAUUUGAGUUGUCCUGUAUCAUCAAUAGAUGCAAAUUAGAUGUAAGAACCAGGGGCUUAACAGUAAUGUUUGAAAUAAUGAAGACAUAUGGCCAUACUUAUGAAAAACACUGGUGGCAAGAUUUGUUUCGGAUUGUCUUCAGGAUAUUUGACAACAUGAAACUGCCAGAACAGCAGACUGAGAAAGCUGAAUGGAUGACAACUACUUGUAACCAUGCACUUUAUGCAAUUUGUGAUGUAUUUACACAGUAUUUAGAAGUACUUAGUGAUGUUCUUUUGGAUGAUAUAUUUGCACAGCUGUACUGGUGUGUGCAACAAGACAAUGAACAACUGGCACGAUCUGGUACAAACUGUCUGGAGAAUGUUGUCAUCCUUAAUGGUGAAAAGUUUACCCUAGAAAUCUGGGAUAAAACUUGCACUUGCAUGCUGGAUAUUUUCAAAACUACAAUCCCUCAUGCGCUGCUGACUUGGAGACCAGUUGGUGGGGAGUUCUGCUCUGGCUCUCCUUCUGAUGCAAAAGAAAAACUGGAUACAAUCUCCCAGAAGUCAGUAGAUAUCCAUGACUCCAUCCAGCCUCGAUCUGCGGAUGGACGCCCAUAUCAGCCCAGCACAGGGGCCACGGUAGCAGAAGAAACGCCUAAAGCCAGGCCAGCAGCAAAAUUUCCAGAACAGAAGUUAUUUGCUGCUCUUUUGAUCAAGUGUGUUGUACAGCUGGAACUCAUUCAGACGAUCGACAACAUUGUGUUCUUCCCAGCAACCAGCAAAAAAGAGGAUGCAGAGAAUCUAGCAGCAGCACAAAGAGAUGCAGUAGACUUUGAUGUCCAUGUGGAUACACAGGAUCAAGGGAUGUAUCGUUUCCUAACAUCGCAGCAGCUUUUCAAACUUCUUGAUUGUCUGCUGGAAUCUCACAGAUUUGCUAAAGCAUUUAAUUCAAACAAUGAACAAAGAACUGCUCUCUGGAAAGCAGGUUUCAAAGGCAAGUCCAAGCCCAACCUGCUGAAGCAGGAGACGAGCAGCCUGGCCUGUGGGCUGCGCAUCCUGUUCCGCAUGUACAUGGACGAGAGCCGCACCAGCGCCUGGGAGGAGGUCCAGCAGAGACUGCUGAAUGUCUGCAGCGAGGCACUGAGCUAUUUCCUCACUCUUACAUCAGAAAGUCAUCGGGAAGCCUGGACUAACCUUUUACUCUUAUUUUUGACUAAAGUCCUGAAGAUAAGUGAUGAAAGGUUCAAGGCCCAUGCCUCGUUCUACUAUCCUUUGUUGUGUGAAAUCAUGCAGUUUGACCUUAUUCCUGAGCUUCGGGCUGUGUUGCGAAGGUUCUUCCUGCGGAUCGGGGUGGUUUUCCAGAUAUCCCAACCACCAGAACAAGAGCCUGGAAUAAGCAAGCAUUAGCAGAUAGGGACACUCUGUUUCAAAGUUUAUAUUCCUCAUCUAAAUAAAAGGACCAGGUAGCUGGGCCAUUCUGUCUGGAUCUCCAUAUAAAUGGUUUCUUUCUCUGGCAACGUGUAUCCAAGGGUUAAUGGUACAGAGGCUUCCAAUUGUAAUUAAAGCUUGCAACACUCCAGUCCCUCUCUUUCCUGGCGGAUUCUCUCUCAUCGGUUUCUCUUGCCUGGCUCCUGCUGAGCACAGAGCCAGUUUAUAGCACAGUCCCCCUUGUCAGCACGGGCUGCAGUGUCCUUUACUGUCCUAGACAGCAGCAUAGCAACAGAUGUUUAUGGCGGGUGUGAAAGUGAGACGUACCCAAAGAAACAUAUAUAUGUAAAGGUUUGAGCUUCUGCGAGAAGUACAACUCAGGAGAGCUGUAUUUUGAAGGAUAAAAUGUUUAUAGUGAAAAGAAAAUGGAGAUUAUUGUUCAUGGAAAAAAUAUUUAGCAACUAUGUCUGAUAUUCUAAGAUUUUUGCACACUCAGGCUGUCUGAGACAUUGGUAAUCAUCCUUCUGUGAAAAUGUACAGAGAUGCAGAUCUGUAAUAUAAACUCUUUAACACUAUACAGUUCUUCCCAAAUUAUUUUAUUUCUGUAAUACUGAUUUGUUGAAAGCCCAUAACUCUUCCUUGUUUACCAAAUGCACUAGAAGUUUGGGUUUCUUUUUUGGGUUGUGAUUUUUUUUUCUUCCUUUUUUGUUAUUUUUGUUUUGUUUUGUUUCAUUGUAGCCCAGAAGUUAUUGUUGCCGACUUUUGUCAAGAACAGCGGUAGAAAUAUCACGACUGACAUAACUACCUGUAAUAUACUUGUUUUAGGGCUUUGAAAUAUAACGAGCCAUUGAAAUUAUGAUCCUUCAAGGACUGGAACUUGAAUCACUGCAAACAAGUCUAGGUUGUGUCUGCUGUCAGAUGUUUUUUGUUUGAUGUAGAUUUCACUCUUAUGUACAGAAUUUAAUGUUGGAUAUAUUCAAGUAUAAAACAAAUCUGGCAUGGUUUGGGGAUGGUUAAAUUUAUUGGAAAUGUAUUCAUACUGUGAAUUGUGCUCUGAUGGUUAACAGACGAGAUUGUCAAGCAUUCUGUAUUACAAUGGAUGUAGAAAUUUUUUUCAGAUGGACAAAAUGUAUAUGGUACAGAUAUGUAAAGUUUUCUAUGUAAAAAAAAAUUCUGUACAACUUUCUGUACAAUAUUUGGUUCUCAUCUGGCAUAUUCUAAUCAGGUUAUAGGUCAAUAAAGUUUUUGAACUCUUUCA